UCAGUCUUCACCACUCUUUUUGCACUUUGCUACUACAAAACAAAUUUGAAUUUCUCUCUCUUUUCUUCUCUGCCAUUGCUUUUUCUUGUCCCUAAUACUAUUUCUUUCCACUUUUUCCAACUUGAAAGUUGCAGCAAGCCAGCAGCCCUCCACUAACCCAACGACUCAAAAUUACAGUGUCUAUCUUCCCACAUAACAAAACCCUUUGCCGGUUAUCGGUUCAACUUCGACAUGAAGUUGCUAUCUUCUUCUGAAUCCUCUCCUUUUUCUUCUUUUUCUUCGUGUUCAUCAUCCACCAUCACCACCACCACUACCACCACUUUUGAUCUAACCAAUUCAAAAGGUGCUAGUAAUGGAUGCAUUGCUGGCAUUUUGCGCAGAAUUCUCUGCUAUGGUAGCUUGCCUACAUACCCUUCUGAUCAUAUCCCAGAAGAAACCAAUUCUGUCGAUCAAUCUCAAAAUGAUCGAGCAUUCAAGUCGAAAAACAAAACAGAGGAAACAGAGGCAUCUGCCACUCCAAGCUUAGUGGCAAGGCUAAUGGGGUUGGAGUCAAUUCCAGAUGCCAACUUGGUCUCCACCCUAAAUUCAAUAUCCUGUAGCCGGUCUCUGAAUUCUGCAGACCGGCUUUCGGGAGACCAUGAUCCAAUUGAGGCACAUGAGCGCCGACGAGUCAAGUCGUUUAGAGAGAUGCCAACAUUUAUUGAAAAUGAGGAAUUCCUUGUUCUUAGCUUUGAGAAUGGGAGUGAAAGAAAAGAAAGGAGAUCGAAGGGGAGGAAACGUGAGACGGGCCACGGAGAAUUGAGGAAGAAGAAAGCAGGAAAGAGCAGAAACAAGGGAAAUAGAAAACAAAGAGGGUUUGAGAAGGAAAAGAAGCAAGUUCAAGAAGAAAAAAGCAGAAGGGUUUUGAAAGAUUUGAAUGGGAGGGAAAUGCUAAGAAGCAAAACCUCUCAUAAACCCAAGAAAGAGACCAUCUUUGAUAUGCUUAAGAAUGUAGAAUCUGAUUGUACCUCGGAAGAUUUAAGCCCGGUUUCUGUCCUUGAUUGUGGUCAGUUUCUAGUUGAUAACGAAGUUCCUACAUCAGAAGAAGAUCCAGUCUUGGCGAGUUCAUUUCCGAGAAGAAAAGACGACUGUUUAACUUGUGAUGCAAGAAAAACAAAGAAAAUCGAAGGCAUAUGUCUUGGAACAAAGAAAGAGUAUCAUACUGCAGAGUACUUUGAGAUUUUGGGUGAAAUUUGUACUCUGACUGAAGCUGAAUUGGUUGGAUCAAAUUGGAGCGUACACAAAGGCAUCUGGAAUAAUCAUGAAGGUUCUGCAGGAAUUGCUGCAGAUUUCGAGUCACAAAUUCUAGGCCAAUUAAUAGAGGAGCUCGUGGAUCAACUCGCUGAUUUUCCUACUGAAUAUUCAAAACCUGUAAGAUUUACGACCAUUGUAAAUUUGGUAUUACUAUAAAUUAAAGCAACAUACUAUUGUAUCA